AUGAAUAAUUCUAUCUCACAAUCCUUCAAAGACCACCCCAUUAACAAUCUCAACCACAUUGUACCUCUAGAUUUCCAAACUGUCCUCAAAUUACCCCAAUCUCACACAUGGAGGAGUACUAGGACUAGUCUUUCCCCGGACUAUCCACCCGUAAACCCGUGUACUAAACAACCCGUACCCAUCAUUGACCUGACAAAUCCACAUGUGACAAAGCUCAUUAGGGAUGCUUGUGAGAAUUGGGGUAUGUUUCAGGUCACCAACCAUGGCAUUCCUUUGAGUCUGAUGAAGGAAGUGGAGGGUCAAACGAGGCGAUUAUUUGCAUUACCAUCAAAGCAGAAGCUCCUGGCCGUCCGAUCGCCGGACGGGUUGACCGGGUACGGGCUCCCGCGGAUCUCGACGUUUUUUGUUAAGAUGAUGUGGUCGGAGGGUUUCAGCAUUAUGGGGUCUCCGCUUGACCAUGCAACCCAACUUUGGCCACACGACCAUGCUAAAUUCUGUGACGUGAUGGAGAAAUACCAAAAAGAAAUGAAAGUAGUAGCCGAGAGACUUAUGGGCCUCAUGUUAACAUCGUUGGAUUUGGAGGUAGCCCAAGAAGAUCUGAAAUGGCUCAAGCCUAAAAGCCCACAAGCCCUACUUCAACUAAACUCUUACCCAAUCUGUCCGGACCCAGACCGCACCAUGGGCCUGGCCCCUCACACCGAUUCAUCACUACUCACUUUGCUUUACCAGAGCAACACUAACGGGCUCCAAAUCCUUAAAGACGAUUCCAUAGGGUGGGUCCCGGUCGACCCAGUGAACGGUGCGCUUGUGGUCAAUGUCGGUGAUCUGAUGCACAUAGUAUCCAACGGACGGUUCAAGAGCGCCCUCCAUCGAGCGGUUGUGAACAAAACACGUCAUCGUAUUUCGAUUGCAUACUUCUAUGGCCCACCAAGGGAGGUCAAGAUAUCACCCUUGAUGAAGCUGAUUGAUUAUGAUCACCCUCCUGUGUAUCGAGCCGUUACGUGGAAGGAGUACUUAGAUGCUAAAGCUGUGCAUUUCAAUAGGGCUUUGGAGAUGAUCAAAAUAUGA